UGUGUGAUGAUGGUUGCGCCACUGCAGUUGAUGAUGGUAACGCCACUGGGCCGCUCCCGAUAUUUGGUCCUUCGCCUACGCCACUGUUGCGGAACACAUAGUGAGCGUAAAAACUGGUGCAAUCGUGGAAUGCAGAAAUUGUUGCUGGCGGUGGAUCUGGAUCGUCGUUUGUGUUGAAUUUGAAUGGACGUGAGUGCGUUGGAGGUAAUUAGAUGGCGUGGUAGAGUGGCGGUUGCUGCUGCUUCUGGAUUGUUGUUGUUGUUGGAGGUGGUGGCGGCGGCGGCGACGACGACGACGGUUCUUCGUGUGGUCGUCGGUGCUGGUAAUUUGGCAACGUCGGUUCUGACCGACUGAGCCGUCGUGUCUACAUCAUCAAAAAAUUGUUCCGAGAGUGCGGGAUAAAGUGGUGGUGCUCCGGUUGUGUGUGAGAGCGUGAGUGUCUGUGCCGUGUUAACAGCGGUUAACAGCAUCUGUCUAUGUCGAGUCCGAUAACAGGCGACCGACGAGUGCAUGCAAGUGGCAGUCGCGAUAAUCCCACGUUUCGUACGAUCGCGUCUCGACAAUGCGUUGUUUCGGAAUAUGUGCAAUUGCGGCCGCGAUUUAACCGAGAGAAGCAGAAGUCGCUGCAGCGGGCGUGCGUCCUCCUCAUCACUCCUCAUCCACUCCCGAACGUAACCGUCUAUUAAAUGGUAAUUUCAGCAGGUGGAGGUAAUCAGGAGAAAUCAACGGGCCUCAACGGUCGAAGCACCACCACCAUCAGCAGCAACUACAACAACAACAGCCUCUUCAUCCCUCAAGACUAUCACCAUCUCAGCAACAGCCGCUGCUGCUGCUGCUGCCGCCACCGCCGCCGCCGAUCCCAAUGCUGGGCUCGCUGCCCGUGCGUUGAGAUGAUGAUGGUGAUCAAGACCAUGUUGGCGGCCUCACCUCUCUCCUCGUAUUGCACUCAUUGCAGAUGGGCUCAAGCCCCAAUGCUAUGAUCUUAUCAGACAUCCAUAUAAAACGUACAUCAUGUACCAAAAUGAUAAAGGAGGAGAAAGAUGUACUGAAUGGAAAUGGUGAAUGCACCACUGAAGAUGCUCCUCGAACCAACAAUUGUAACUCACAUGGGGGAAGGCUCAAGUUUUUCAAAGAUGGAAAGUUCAUUUUGGAAUUGGAGAGCGCUCGUGAAGGUGAGCGAGUGUCUUGGGUUUCGGUGCCAAGAAAGACAUUUUGGCCACCCCAGGGCACCGCCUCAUCGACACCAUCCUAUCGACAGGAGAGCAGCACGUCCCUCAGCGUUUCAGAUGAUAACAGCUCGAUACAGUCUUCUCCGUGGCAGAGAGAUCAUUCGUGGAAGCAGUCGAAUCCGCGUAAGAAUCUUUCGAAGGAAUUGAUGUUCCUGUAUUACCGACCGGCCGGACUUCGUUUCACGAAAACCGGCGCGAAGCGACGUCGUCGAUCGCACGACUCCCCCAAGGAAUCCUCACCGCAGAACAAUAGUCUUAUGUGCAAUAAUAAGAGGCAGCCGCUGCUGGCCGUCAUCCAAACGUUGCUGGAAAAACUGUCGUCCGGUUCGCCGCGAUCCGAAACGGCUGUUGUUUCACCGAGGAAAAGGAUUCUGCGUGAGCUGGAGACCGAUUGCAGGUUGCUGAAGAACGUCGACAGCGGACAGAAGAGGAGUCGCGGCAAACCGACGACGGUGCCGAGCUCCAUCGUCAAAAUGACUAGUCCGGUGCGGAUGAACGGGACGAACGCGGAGCCGCCGGGGCAGGUCACCGCAGCAACUCCAACCCGUCCAGCGAGGAACAACACCAGCUACAGCAUCACGUCGAUUCUAUCCGAAGAUCGGAAACCUAAAGCGUCGCCGACACAUUCACCUAGUCAUUUCUCACCCGGGCCAGCCUCUUCUGUCGGCGUCCAUCAACAUCAGUAUUCCGCAGGCGCCGCGACGCCGACCCCCGAAGAACGUUGGUUCACAGAAAGCGUCGAUAAGCUCAGAUCUAUAGAACUCUCUCACUCCGAAGCUAAACGGAUUUUCGUCCCUUACACCGCCUGUUCGUAUAUGGUUCCACCGUACAGCUACAAUUUUCCUAUGGCCCCACAGUACUAUCAUUCUCCUUAUCCCCGGUCGUAUCCGAUGCCGCUAUAUCCAUUGCAGAUGCCAGUUAGGCCAGAUGCACCGUCCUGUUCCUGGGCCGCCGAACCCGCACGAACUGAUACAGAGCACAGGGACGAGAAUAUCACAGAUAUGCCCUUAAAUCUGUCUAAACACGGCGCUUGAAAACCACUGUAUAGUUAACAAUAUGCGUGUGUAAUAUGGUGCCUUCUCUUCCAAAUAUUUAUAAAUACGUGUACAUGGUUAGCUUUUAGUUUCCUGUUGGUCGGGCCGUCCGAAUUCUUCGGAUCUUCACAUGCAAUGAACGGAUUUCGAUGAUGUUUUUUCUAUCUAAUAGUUAAAUUCUGCUCAGUCUGCGAAUGACGGCCGCCUCCGAACGAAAAACGCGACCUGUAUAUUAUGUAAAUACCGCAAGGAACAACAACAAACAAGAUGAAACUAUUUUCACGGUUUUGCUUCCAAUCGUAUAAAUAUUUUUUUUUUGUUAAUUGGAACAAAUUAAAAAUAAUCAAAGAAUUAUUUAUUUUUGUAAUGAUAUCGGAUUAGCUUUAAAGCGCAUUUUAUACAGUGCAAUUAUUUGACAUCAAAAUGUUUUUUUGACACAGUAAAAUGUAAAUAAUGGAAGUACGUAUAUUUUUUUAGAUAGAACCAUCAACCAUUGAUGCGAUGGAUACACACAUUAAGAGAUCGACCAAAAUGUAAAUAUACAUAAAACAUAAUGAGAAUUGUGGUACGUUUAUUAAGCAGAUGUAAUAAUUGUAUAUAUAGUGCAUUUACAAGAAUAUUUUUACUGAUCUAUUUAUAUACAAUUCUAGUGCUAAGAGACGCCUUGAAUAUAAAGACAUGGAAAAAAUAUAUAUAUAUAA